AGUGUGCAUUUGGCACGCAGCGUCAUGAGGAGCGAGAGGGAGUGGAGUGCCUAGGGUUGCUUUCAGUUAUUAUCUCCUGCAAAAGAAGACGGGUCCGGGCGUGUUUUUCGCGAGAAUGAGAGGAAACCUUUGUCGGCAUCCGAUUCGAGCGGGAAAUGUUGUACCACCACAACUGAGUCAGAUCGCCCCGCAGGAUGAACGGACCACAACUCCAAAUUUGUGUUUACCAGGACCAGGAGAAGCAGGAUGUAAUUUCAUUGCGAAGCAGUAGGCGGGGUCGCGCCACUUAGAACACUUUCGCAUACUUAGGCAACUUGAAAGUCAUAGAACUACACGCACCGAGAGAGCAGCAGCAACUAAAGAACGAACUGUGGUGUUCUUUGUUGCAACAGCCUUUGCCGGAGCAGCAUCGAAAGCACAGCUUGGGCGCAUGCACCCGGCGUGGCUCACCAGCAGGGAAGGUCGAGGUCCUUAAUCGGAAAGUUGCGGAUUAUCAGCAGCUACAAGUCAAGAUAGUCCGCGACGCACCACCCCUAGUUUGACUGCUCCUGCUCCAGAAGAUGAAACAGUUGAUGAAGUGUCUCGGCGGUGGUGGAGGUGGAGGCCACGGGGACAGUGACGCGAGCGGGGACGAAGGAACGCUUGGAAAGCGAGUCCACGCCCUCCCUGCUCUCGACGGGACCGAGGGCUACCGAUCCUGCACGCCGGGCCGCUACAAGGGCUUGCUGAUUGGGAUCAAUUACCGGGGAACAAAAGCGGAGUUGAAGGGGUGCAUCAAUGACGUACACAACAUCUACUCGGUGCUCACGGAAAGGUUUGGCUGGCACCCAAACUCGCUCCACGUUUUGACCGAGGAUGGAAGUACAAUGCGUUUGUUUUAUUUGACAGCAAACAAUUGUAAUUGAUUCUGGUUGCUUCGCAAAUUAGAAAUCUCUUAUGUCCGUAGAAGAGCAAAUAAAUGAUGGGAAUCACAUUUACUUUUAUCGUCUAUAAUUUCCUUUACCUAUGCGUCGCUAUCGUUAUUGCAUCUGCAUUAGUAUGCCUUCUUGUUACUUCCUCUUCCCUGCUGACACUAACCCCAGCUCCCCCCACCCACGACAACAUUCUGCGUGAGAUGGAUUGGCUCGCAGCCGGCGCGGCGCCGGGCGACACGCUCUUCAUGGCCUACUCCGGACACGGGUCGCAACAGGAAGAUCCUGAAGGGUUUGAAGAAGACGGCAUGAACGACACGCUCCUGCCACUGGAUUUUCAGCGCAGUGGCAUGGUCACCGAUGAUAUCAUCUUCGAGAAGCUGGUGCAGCGGAUGCCGGAAUACCCCCUGAAGAUUAACCAUCCCUAUCCAGUUUGUCAUGCAAAACAUCCAUAGAGGUAGGCGUAGAGUCCUCUGUAGUUUGUCAUGCACAAAGUGGAUGGGGAUGGUCAAUUUUCACGGAAUACGGAAGGCGUCAGCCUCACCUGCAUCAUUGACGCCUGUCACAGCGGGACGGCUAUGGAUCUGCCGUGGAAGUGGGUGAGGCACAACAAUGAGUGGCAGGAGGAAACGAACCCCUUCUUCUGCAGACCGGAUAUUUGCGUAAAACAUAAACAAAUCUUUACAGUGUGCUUCUCAUGUUUCUUGAUCUUCAGGUCAAGUAGAGCUAGAGUCGAUAAGGACUGCUAUGACAGUGUCACUACACGACGACCUACAGGCACAAAAUAUCUCUAAAAAAACGGGAACGUGUACUACACGUACUACAUGACUUCAUCCCUAUCCGUAUAAACAAUACUGACCCAAAAACCAGAUGAUUUCCGGUUGCGAAGACCACGCCACAUCGUCCGACGGCGGCGAAGACCGCUACGGCCGGCGCGGCGGCGCCCUCACUACCUCACUGGUCGAGAUUCUGACAACCACCGACCCCAUGCACCUGACCUAUGAUGGGCUGAUGGACGGUCUGAUAGAGUCCAUGAAGGCCAAUUCCUUCAAGCAGUAUCCACAGUAACUUUCCAGUACACGUGCAGACGCGGUCUCUGCAUGACAAAACUUGGCUUCGAUCCUAGUUUAGCAUGACAAGUUUGACACUCCAAAUUAGCGAAAUUCGUCAUGCAUUUUGUACAUGUGCGGGAAAUUUGUAUUGCAUAAGCAGCGUCCGCAGCUUUCCUCCAUGCAGCCCUUCGAUGCGUGUACGCGGCUGUUCGCGCCGAUCAAUCUCAACAACCAGUACGCAACCGUUGUAACCACGAAUCGCAUAUCCACCGCAAGAGCAUCUUACUGGUAGUGAUUCUUGCAUUGCAACUUUCUUCAAGGGGGGAAGUCAAAUUGUGAAUUUGUAUUUGCUAGUUCUACUGAUUUACAUUUAGGCGCGAAAGGAAAUUUGUCAUGCAGUACUGCAGCAAUGUUGUUGUUGUAUGCCAUAUUACGAGUAGGAUGCUUUUCAGGUGGAUACCGCAAUCCGGAAAUGGGUCGCAUCUUCCGGAAACGGUUCAAAGCAAAGCCUAGACCUCACGGCCAAAACGAUCCGCUCGCGCAGAUGCUUGCAGAGUCCGGCAUGCUUCCCAAGGUGCUGGAGAAAAACAUGGACACCAUCUGCGCCGUGCUGGCAAAAGCAGCUAAGUACUAGUAGAUCUAGAUUUUUACCUGGUGGCGGAUUCCGAGUGAUAUGCGACCUCAGGCAGGAGCCGGCUGUGGUCUACCCAACCUUGUUUCACUGUAAAUCGCAAUUGUAUGAUGAAGAGGAUGAAUCAAAAAAAAAAAUUAAAAGUGUACUUCUAGCAGAAUGCGGCUUCACCUGCGACCGAGAGCAAGACCAAAUUUUGGAAAUUCCAGUAUAGUGAAGAUCCACUUCCACGAAGAACAAGAGAAUUACCAUGUCUCUGAAUUAUAUGCAAAUGUGGAUCUCGUCUUUGUAAU